AUGCCUCAAAGACACUCGAAGAACAACAAUGAUCUUGCGUAUUUCACUUACGACGAGAAGAAGAAGUUAGGGUAUGGAACUCAGAGAGAGAGAUUGGGGAAAGACUCGAUUAAGCCUUUCGAUGCUUGUUCUCUCUGCUUGAAGCCUUUCAUCGAUCCGAUGUGUUGCCAUAAGGGUCAUGUCUUUUGUAGAGAGUGUAUACUCGAAUGCAUCCUGGCUCAGAAGAAAGAUAGAUAUCCAAAGAUUAGAGUAGAAACUGUUGGAGCCGACUCCUCUUACUUGUUAGGACCUGUUGGGACUUUGAAGAUAGCGUUUUUGAAUAUUGCUGUGAGGGUUGCUGCACAUACGUCUCAAAAGAAGCAAGACAAGGACGAAGAAGAAGAGAGGCUAUUGUUACAAAAGGCAAGAGAGCUCGACGAUUUUGAUCAGCAAAACCAUAGUGCAAUGCCUAGAAACAGUGAAAAGAACCACAACCAAGACAAGAGUGGUUUUCAUGGGGCAAACAGUGUGAAGGCAACUUCCUUUGAAGAAGAAGCGCUUAGGACGAUGAAAGCCUUCUGGCUCCCAUCAGCUACACCAGCAGCUUCAGUCAGAGUAGAUGCUCCAGAAACUCACACGGUCUGUCCAGAGGGCAAAGAGAAACUCAAGCUUAAGAACCUCUUUGCAAUUCGUUUCACAGAAGACAACAGCGAAGAGGAAGAGAAUAAGACGAAAUCAGCAUCCUCAAGCUCUUAUGACAAAGCCUACAUUUGCCCCAGCUGCAAAGUCACUCUCACCAACACAAUUAUGUCUUGUGUGUGA